GGCGGCAGGAGGGCCCCGGACGGCCGAAUUGAGCGGCGGCCGCAGCUGCAGCAGGACGGCCCGCCGGCGGCUCGGGGCCGCGCGCCGGGAACCUCGCGGGGCGGGCGGGCGCGGCACCCCCUGCCUGGCCGCCAGCUCCCCGGGGAGGCGGCCCGCGCGCGACGGGACCAGCAGCAUGAGCAGCGGCUACAGCAGCCUGGAGGAGGACGCCGAGGACUUCUUCUUCACCGCCAGGACCUCCUUCUUCAGGAGAGCGCCCCAGGGCAAGCCCCGCGCCGGCCAGCAAGAUGUGGAGAAAGAUAAGGAAACCCACAAUUACCUCAGCAAAGAGGAAAUCAAAGAGAAAGUUCAUAAAUACAACUUAGCAGUCACAGACAAGUUGAAGAUGACCUUGAAUUCAAAUGGGAUUUACACUGGCUUCAUUAAAGUACAGAUGGAACUCUGCAAACCUUCACAGACUUCUGGAAAACUUGCUCCCAGUAGCAACGGCUGUAUGAAUACACUUCACAUCAGCAGCACAAACACUGUCGGGGAAGUGAUCGAGGCCCUGCUCAAGAAGUUUCUCGUGACCGAGAGCCCUACCAAGUUUGCACUUUAUAAGCGUUGUCACAGGGAAGAUCAAGUCUACGCCUGCAAGCUCUCAGACCGGGAACAUCCACUCUUUCUGCGUUUGGUAGCAGGGCCCAGGACAGACACACUCAGUUUUGUUCUUCGUGAACAUGAAUUUGGAGAGUGGGAAGCCUUCAGCCUGCCAGAGCUACAGAAUUUCUUGCGGAUCUUGGAUAAGGAAGAAGAUGAGCAGCUACAGAGCCUGAAGGAGCGCUAUGCGGCCUACAGACACAAGCUGGAAGAAGCCCUCAGUGAGGCCUGGAAACCCGGGUAAAGCGUGGGGCUCCCUGCCCCUUGGGGACAGUGCGGGACCGGCGUGCAAACCAGCAGCCAGUGUGUCUCUUGUCGGAGGGCGGUUUUCUUGCCCCAUGAUGCUAGGGCCUUUCCCCUUUAAAAAUCUCUAGAUCUAGUUCCCCAAACCGGUCACACAGCAUCCUGCACCUUGGGCAUCCUCUGUAAGGGAUUCUGCAAGCUUGUUCUCUUAAGGCACUGCGGUGUUACCUCUUGGCAAGCUGUGAACCUGUAGUCUCAUCUGGAGCAUUCUAGAGUGUUUUGAAGCAUGGACUCUGGGUUUUUUUUUUUUCCCUUUUGUCUUAUUUUGUUUUAGUUAUUUUAAGUAUGUGAUGAUGAUGUUAAGCUUAAGGUUGUGCAAAUGAUUUUUUAAAAGCUUAACGAGGAAUCUAUCUGAAUACUUGUCUUAUGUUGAAACUACCUGUGUGUUAUUGUUUUGUUUUUUUAAAAAAUGUCACAGGAAACGAUCCAUGUGAAUUGAAGGGCACAGGAAGCUAGGAACUCUGAGGAACUGGUGAAGGAUUUUGGAGGAGUCUGACAGAAAGUAAAGAGCAAGUUUGGAAGAAGGUGGGGUGGAGGUGGGGAGCCCUGAUGGGAGGUGUUUUGGGCAAGUGGAUGGUAGAGGAGAAGGUGAAUUUGCUUGUAGACGAGUUAAAAGCUUUCAGUUUAGAGACGUGAAAUCCAUUGUCAUAUUGCUUGACAAUGUGAGUGAGUAGAAUGUGGGAGCAGAACCAAAGAAAGUAGGAGCUGAGCCAGAACGGGGGACGAACUGCAGCUGACCAGAGAAGGCAGCUGGAUCUUUCAAACAGGGACAGAGCCGCCCUCUCGGUGGACCAGCGCACAUGGUGCCUUGCUUCCCGGAGUGGAAGGUCUGAUUGGUGCAGCUUCUCUGGCCCGAUGGGGCAGUGAGCAUCUGCUAUGACUCCUGUGAAGUGACAGUUUUCCCCCUGAGGUCGUUUUCAAAGUGGAAAAGGAGUUUGGGGAGGAGGCACUUGCCCUGAUUGUUAGCAUCCAGGGGAUUUGUCAAGUGAGGAGCUCCCAGUAUACUUGGGACAGUCACUCCCUCCUCUCCCUCCCUUCUCCUCCCUGCUUUCCCUUCUCCCUUUGUCUUAGCAAUAGAAGUGCGAUCUUACAUAAUGUAGAACAGAGGUAUGGAUUAAGGACCCAGGACAGGCAGACCCUCAGUUCCAAAGGGUGACCUGACUGUAAGGCAGCGGGCAGUGUCCACCCCCAGCGGACCACCCAGGAGGGGGGGGGGGUUCUUUAUGGAAACAUUUUAACAGAAGUGCAUGUUCCUGCAAACCAAAGAAAUGCAUGUGCAAUAAGAGCCUUCCUUAAAGCACGUUAAU